AUGGCGAGCCCUAAGCCAAAGUUCCGAGUACUGAUUGUAGGCGGGUCUAUUGCAGGCUUGACCUUAGCUCACUGCCUGCUGAGAAACAACAUUGACUUCGUGGUACUCGAGGCUCAUAGUGAGAUCGCACCUCAGGUCGGCGCCUCAAUCGGCAUUGUACCCAACGGUGCUCGCAUCCUGGAUCAACUGGGCUUGUUCGAUGAUACCUUGGCCACCACAGAGCCUCUGCGGGAGUCGUUCUUCUGGACUGAGGAGGGAAACCUCAUUGUCCACAAUGAAACUCCGCAGCUACUGCAGAUGAGGCAUGGUUAUCCUAUUGCUUUUAUUGAUCGUCAGGUCGUACUAAAGGUCCUCUACGAUCAUCUUGCACAAGAGCAAGAUCGUAUUCUUACAGGCAAGAAAGUCAUCAAAAUCGAGCAUUCUCAUGGCAAGGUCGAGGUUCACUGUGAAGAUCAUUCGGUCUUCGAUAGUGAUUUGGUGGUUGGAGUUUCCUAUGGAUCUUGA